AUGCCGAAGGCGAAGGGUCAUAUCUCUCAAUUGCAAGGCGAUGCCUUGACUGUAGCCACACAGCUCCACGGCCAGAUCCUACAUGCCCUAAACUUCGUCAGCACUUUGGCUGCUUGGCCCACGGGUGCCAACAAGCACAUAAAAGAGAUAGAGAUUCUCGUUGAUGAAUAUCUUGAGAGAACCGUGGUAAACGAGAAGAAAUUGGAAGCACUAAAGCAGGCAGAUUUUGCCAAACUCAUAUCUCUAUGGUAUCCUGAUGCACAGUGGCCCGAGCUGAAAGUAGCCACGGCUUACACGGUAUUAUGGAUCUUUGUCUGGGAUGACGAGGUCGAUACUGGUGGCCUUGCCGAUGAGAGCCUGGCACAGGAAUACUACCAAAAUUCCAUCGCCUAUGCGCGCUACAUAUUGGGACUCGAUGAGCAUUUUCAUACUACAAAUGGUGAUGCUAAUGUAGUUAUACCACCGCACACAAAUAUGACUCUAUUCGUAGACUUCGGUUCCGUAUUGCGGGAAAAGACAGAUAUUCAGCAGCGGCAGCGAUUCUUCGAUAACCUCAAGGACUUCAAGGAACAAGUGGGAGUGGAACAUAGUUAUCGCAUCUCGGGGAGCAUGCCAUCGUUAAGUGAUUAUAUGGUCAUACGCAUGGGCUCUGUUGGCUGCACCCCUCAAAUUGCCCUGACCGAUUUCAUGUUAAGGAUCAGACUUCCCGAGUCAGUUAUGGGCUGCGAUGCGAUGACAGCUCUUUGGGGACAGACAACGCGGAUAUGUAUAGUCCUAAAUGACCUGUACUCGGCUCAAAAAGAGAUGGCUCAAGGCUCGCUUUUGAACAUCGUUCCCAUCAUAUUCCACGAUAUCAAAGACACGGGUCAGAAAUGCCUUAGCAUGAUAUCGCAGGAAUUAGAUCGUAUACUAAGAGACGCUAUGGAAAAAUUCGAGCUUGCUGCUCGAGAACUUGAAUACAUGGCACCCCGUCGCUCCCAGCUGAACGAGGAUAUCCUCAAAUUUGUCAAGUGGUGUCGCUACUACGUUAUGGCUUGCCUCCACUGGACCUUGGAGUCUCAUCGAUAUGGGAUGAUAAAAUGCACCAAUGCUGACGGCACAUUAAGCAUUCCUUUUUGA